AUGACACAGUCAUGGUCUCAAGAAGAGUUGAAUGUUCGACGAAGAGUGGUUCAAUUUUUUAAAACUAGAGUAAAAAAACGAAUUAUGGCUUUUUUUAAAGCCGUUGAUCCAAUUGAACGGCCUAAAAAUGGUAUUUUUAUUUCCUGCCUUUAUUGGUAUGAUAAGAAAAUACAAUGUGACAAAUGGUAUUUUACUUCAACGGAUUACCUAAAUUUACUUGAAAGUCUAACAGGAAUUAGACUUACUUCAGAUGAAAAGAAUCGAAUUCGUCGUAAUCUUGAAGAAUAUAAACCAAUAACAGUUGGUAAAAAUAAGAAUGAUAGUGAUGAAAUAUAUAAAGAUUUAAUGUCUUAUUCAUUUGCAAAACCAAGAAAUACUGAAAAAGAUAUUAAACUCUAUGAAUGGAGGUAUCUGUUGCCUGCUAUUGAAAAAAUCAUUAAAAAAUAUUCAGCAUUUCGCAAUUGGACAAAAUUUAUUGAUAUAUUAUCUGUUAUGUUUUUAAUAAUAUAUUGUCUAUCUGCCAUGUCACGUGUAAUGGCCAAUGAGAUUUUAGAAUUAGAUGUAACACAAUUAUCAAUGACUUUAGUUUUUACUUUUCAUAAUAAAGAAUGCUUAUUGUGA